AUGGUGCAACCAAUGAAAGCUAAAUUUGAUAAGUAUUGGAGCGAUUAUUCCAUAAUUCUCUCUCUAGGAGUUAUUAUCGAUCCUCGAAUAAAAUUUCAUGUUUUGGAAUAUUGUUUGAAUAAAGUGGAUCCAUGUACUGCUAAUGAGAAAUUGACCACCAUCAAGAAAAAGCUGUAUUUGUUGUUUGAAGCAUAUUCAGAAACUUUGUCACAUAAUGCCUCUUCUAAUGCUUCUGGUGGUCAAAUAAGAAUUCCUACUUCUAGAGAAGAUGAUUCACUUUCAUUUGAUGUGCCUGAUGAGUUGAGAAAUAUAAAUUUUCAAACUAAUGCUUCACAAAGAAAGUCUUCUUUAGAUAUCUAUUUGGAAGAGUCAACUCUUGAUAUGAACUCUAAAAUAGAUGUCUUGCAAUAUUGGAGGUCUCAAGUCCAUCGCUUUUCUGAUUUAGCUUCCAUGGCUUGUGAUGUGCUUAGUAUUCCAAUAACUACAGUAGCUUCAGAAUCGGCCUUUUCCAUUGGUGCACAUGUCCUAAAUAAGUAUAGAAAUUCUAUUUUGGAUAAGAAUGUGCAAGCUCUUAUUUGUGCUCGUAAUUGGAUACAUGGAUUUGAAGAUGAUGAUGCUGAAUUUGAGUGUCAAAAUGAAAGUGACAAAGAACAUUAUAAAGAUAAAGUGGAUUCAAUUAAUAUGAUGCCUGGUGUUGACUAAUUUGGUGGAUUGGAUAAAAGAUUUUUGGGGAUUACAUUGCUUGCUACUUUUGUAAAAUAUUUGCAUGCCAUGUAAUCUGUUAAAUACUUUCUUUUUACCUUUGUGUGGC